UGAAAGUGCUGAUUGUAUAUCUAAGCUAAUUAAGAAAGUUUGUAAUCCAAGAUUUGCUUGUGCGCAUACAAAAUGUGAAGCAAUAAUUGUAAACAUGUUCAAGAAAUAUUGUGAAACUAAGAAAAUGCUUUAUUAAAUAAAUCAUAUGUGUUAAUUCUUUCUGAUGCAUCAAACCACAAGGACGUUACAAUGUAUCCAACUUUGGCUUGUUAUUUUGAUGUUUAAGAGGGAAUGCAAAUUCAGCUGAUUAACAUGGAUUGUGUAAAUGGAGAAACAUCAGGGUGUUUAUGGAACGAAAAUCUUAAGCCAGACAAUGUUGGUGAUAUAGCGUCAGUUUCAAGUAGCACUCAAAAUGAAUGUUGUCAAUAUUGCCUCAACAGCUUUAAUGACACCUUGGCUGCUUUUUUUAUUGAUUCAGUCUGUACAUGUUUGAAAAUAUUUCAUAAAACAGUACCAUUUACUGGAAGCUAUUAUACAUAUAUAACAAGAGAUCCUUUAACAUUUAACCAAUCAAAUUAUGAAUGUGGUCGUCGUGGUACCUUCAAGUUAUUAACUUUUUACUUUGUUACAAGCCAGAGUGAAUUAUCUUAUGUGCAAUUUAUAAACAUGGAUAUAAGUUUAAAUUUUUCAACUUCAGUCUUAAUGUUGACACCAGAUAGCAACAAAAUAAAUUAUGAUUAUACUACUGUUGGAUUUGCUAUUGCAGCAACUGGCUAUAGUUCUGCUAAUUUCUUUCAAAAUUUAACUUAUACAUUUUUGGUUGGCUUUGUGAACGAAACAACUCAGUUUGCAAUAUCACAUACACGUAUAGCUAAUAGUCCAUUAAGACUUAUCGUCUAUCUUAAACCCUUUAAUGUUUUGACAAAUGUAAAGAAUAGUAAAGCUGCUUCUUAUGUUUUUGAUGCUGCUUCAUAUAAUGCAAUAAAUAGAAAUGCUUUUAUGGCCCUAAUUACCAUCACAAAUAAUGAUAUUGCUUCAACAGCAGAUUCAGAAAAUGUUACUUAUGUAAUUUACUUUAAUGAAAGAUUAAUGAGGUACAAAGAACAUACAUUUUUUGCAAGUGGAUUUGCGACUAGAUUGAGAGCUCAAUCAUUUGUUGAAGGAAAUAAAUUUAAAAUUUUUAUCCCAAGAUUACGAAUUGGUGUACACUUUCAGAUGAAUGUUUAUUUUUAUUCUUUAAUGAAAGACCAACAAAAGUUUGAAUCUUUAUAUCAUGAAAUAUCAGCUAUAACCUAUAAGAAUGGAAAACCUGUUCAAACAUUAGUACAAUACAAUAAGCUGUAUUCAGAUGCUGUAGUGCAGAAACGAGCCAGAAAUCAUAAGUUUGUUAGUGAUAAACUUUCCCUGCUUCAAUUCAACGAUGUACUUCUUGCGUGCGAAAGGGCAAUAGAUAGAACAAGAAAUUAUUGUGGAAUUGUGUCACUUGAAAAUAUAACAACAUUUACAAGACUUUCUGCUGUUUUUGUAGAACCAAUAUGCUUUGAUAACAUUACUCAAAAUAUUUAUUUUAAAGAUAAAUUUGGAAAUAUUUUGUCUUAUAAUUACUUAAAUAAGACUUUAAUGAGAUUAUCUGAUACAAAAGAAAAGGUUUUGCAACUGCCAUCUUUAAUUUUACCAUUUACUGCAAGUAAAGAUGAAAAGUUGUUUUGUUGCAAUUCAAAUGCACAAAUAGGCAAAUACAAUGGUUUGCCCUAUUAUACCAGUGCUUACGCAUUUAUAAUAAGAAAUUCGAGAAUAUUUUAUUGGGCUCCGCCGGCCAUAUACAUUCCAUCAAGUUUUGGGUAGGCUUUGUUUGACAAUGUUACAUCAAUAGAUGCGUAACUGUUUGACAAUAUCACAUAAAUAGAAUCGUACCGACUAGCAAACAAGACAAUUUUUCAGUAAUUCAAAAAAAAAUGCUUAUGUUUAUU